UAGGAAGUAACAAACUCCACUAGGCCAUAGUUGAAACGUUACACAACACCAAUAAAAGUACAGAAAACAGAAGGCACGUCGUCCUUAAGAAAGUCCAACGGAACAGUAAGGUAAUGAAUCCAGAUAUUAGCCGUGAACGUGAAAAUGCAUCAUUUAACGUGGAGAUCCUUACGAAUAUCCUGGACGGUGGUGUAGAAAAGACUCGGAGGAGGAGAGAAAUAGAGUCUCUGGUCAUUAGUGAUCCAGACUUUCAGCAUGAAGACCUGAACUUCCUAUCCCGCAGUGAGAGAUAUGAUGCAGCAGUGCGUAAAAGUGCUCAGAUGAUUCUGAAACUUAGGGAAUAUGGUAUCUCUGAUCCAGAGGAGAUUUACUCCUACAAGAGUGUUGCGAAGGGUGUGUAUCACGAGCCCUUUGGUGUCCAUUAUGUCAUGUUCAUGCCCACCUUAAACAGCCAGUGCACUACUGAACAGCGCAAAAAAUGGAUCCCAUUAGCCGAGUCAUUCCAUAUGUUAGGCACCUAUGCUCAGACAGAGCUCGGGCACGGUACACAUAUUCGUGCUCUUGAAACCACUGCUACUUACGACCCUUCCACCCAAGAGUUUGUUUUGAACAGUCCAACAAUCUCCUCUAUUAAAUGGUGGCCUGGUGGAUUGGGUAAAACCUCAAAUCAUGCUAUAGUCCUGGCUCAGCUGUACACACAGGGAAAGUGUCAUGGCCUACAUGCCUUCAUCACACCCAUUCGCAGUAUGAAGACACACAUGCCACUGCCAGGUGUGGUGGUCGGUGAUAUUGGCCCCAAAUUUGGCUUUGAUGAGGUUGAUAAUGGCUACUUGAAACUGGAAAAUGUCAGGAUUCCACGUGAGAAUAUGCUGAUGAAGUAUGCCAAGGUUGAGCCAGACGGUACAUAUGUGAAGCCUCCUAGUGAUAAGCUCACAUAUGGCACUAUGGUGUUUAUUCGCUCUAUGAUAGUGGGGGAGUCAGCGCGAGCGCUCUCCAAGUCCUGCACCAUUGCCAUUCGUUACAGUGCAGUACGACACCAGUCUGAAUUACGCCCAGGAGAACCAGAGCCACAGAUCUUGGACUAUCAGACCCAGCAGUAUAAACUAUUUCCUCUGCUGGCCACUGCCUAUGCCUUCCAUUUUGUGGGGCAAUACAUGAGUAAAACAUACCAUCGCAUCUCAGGAGAUAUUAAUCAGGGUGACUUCAGUGAGCUGCCAGAACUGCAUGCUCUAUCUGCAGGUCUAAAAGCUUUUACCACCUGGGCGACGAAUGCAGGCAUUGAGGUGUGUCGCAUGUCAUGUGGUGGACAUGGUUACUCCCGCUGCAGCAGUUUACCUGACAUCUAUGUCACCUUUACACCGACCUGCACUUAUGAGGGAGAAAAUACAGUUAUGAUGCUGCAGACAGCUAGGUAUUUGGUGAAGAGCUACAAACAAGCACGGGCAGGACAGCAGUUGACGGGCAUUGUUUCUUACCUGAACGAACCUCAGAACAGAAUACAGCCCCAUUCUGUGUCCUACCGUCCCACUGUUGUCAGUAUUAAUGACCUGGCCAGCCUUGUGGAGGCAUACAAAUUCAGAGCUUCAAAGUUAGUUGAAAUGGCAGCUAAGAACCUCCAGGCAGAGCUACAGCACAGCAAGAGCAAUGAGGAUGCUUGGAACAACAGUUCCAUUGAUCUUGUCCGAGCAUCUGAUGCUCAUUGUCAUUAUGUGGUAGUGAAGCUGUUUGAAGCUAAACUGAGUGAGAUUGGGGAUACGGCUGUCCACUCUGUGCUCAGCACUUUGGCUCUGCUUUAUGCCCUUCAUGGAGUCGCGCAGAACACUGGAGACUUUUUACAGGCUGGUCUGCUAAGUGUUCCUCAGCUGACUCAGAUCUCACAGAGACUGAAGGAUCUCCUCUCUCAGCUAAGGCCCAAUGCAGUGGCUCUGGUUGAUGCCUUUGAUUACCGCGAUGAGAUGCUUAAUUCUGUUCUGGGGCGAUAUGAUGGCAAUGUCUAUGAGCACAUGUUUGAGUGGGCCAAGAAAUCGCCUCUGAACCAUACUGAGGUGCAUGAGUCAUACCACAAGUACUUGAAGCCCCUACAGUCCAAAUUGUAAGCAGUGCAUUUAUGGGAGAAAGGGAAGAGUGUCCAACACAAUUAAUGCCGUUUGCUCUCACCAGCCCUAGAUUUCCUUGCCAUCUACUGUAGAAAAUCUAUUCAUCCCAUGUAAGGAUUCUGCUCUCAGAGAUGAGAUUAUUUUUUGUUUUUGAUUCAUUUUAAAUGGGUAUGGUUCCAUUCUGCAUUCUAAUUAUUUAGAGAAGUAGGUUCUCUAUGCAUUAAAAUAAAUGAUAAUUGAAGUGAAUCCACAUUCAUUACUUUUUGUAAUUGUAUAGAUUAUUUGUUUUUUAUGUAAUAUUUGCUUAAAUUGUCUCUCUAGAGGAUGUGAUGUUAACUGAAUAACUUGAGUCUGACUGCUAUUAACUGAAUAAUUACGGUAAAUAUUUGAGUUCAGACAUCCUCUUUAAAAUCAUGCCUUAAUAAGACCCAUAGACAGGAAUGUUUUAAUUUUUAAUUUUGUAGCGAGUAUCAAAAUCAAUGUAUUGGUAGUUCUAUUGCAAUGAUUUCCACCAUUUACAUAGAAGUGAAUCUGUGAUUAUAUUUUUUUCACACUGUUGUUAUUUCAAUUCUUAUGCUACAUUAAUAAAGGAAAAUUAUAGCAUUUACA